CCACGUUAUCCAUUCAACCGUAGAAACAACUAAUCAUUUCAAAUUUUCAGGCUUUCUUGUACGUAUAAUUCAGAGCUUCGAGCUCAGUCACAAACUUCACUGUCUCUCUUUAUACUUACGAAGUUUGCAUCUUUUCUCUAGUUUGAGCUCUGAAAGAAGCAACCAUGGAAUCUUUGAAAGCGCCGUCUGUUCCUUCAGUUUACAUCCGAACUACGCUUAGCAAAACCCAAUUCAGAAAACCCAUGUUCUUGAAUUUUCAUUUCAAUCUAACUCCCUCUUCUUCUUUCUCAUUAGUUGACAAAAACCAAUCCAGGUUCAAGCUUUUUACCGCCAUAUCAUCCACGGUUUCGACAGAACCCGCAAACCCACCUGAGCCAGAGCUUGAAACCCGCAGUCAAGGUGAGAAAUUUGAUUGGUAUGCACAGUGGUAUCCGGUAAUGCCGGUCUGUGAUCUGGACAAGAGGGUGCCGCAUGCGAAAAAAGUGAUGGGUCUUGAUGUGGUUGUGUGGUGGGAUAGAAAUGAGAGUGCUUGGAAGGUGUUUGAUGAUACCUGUCCUCAUAGGUUGGCUCCACUGUCUGAAGGAAGGAUUGAUCAGUGGGGCAGGUUACAGUGCGUGUACCAUGGUUGGUGCUUUAAUGGUUCUGGUGAUUGCAAAUUCAUCCCUCAAGCACCUCCUGAUGGUCCUCCGGUGAACACAUUCAAGAAAGCAUGUGUAGCUGCUUAUCCAAGUACCGUGCAGCACGACAUUGUUUGGUUUUGGCCAAACACUGAUCCUCAGUACAAAGAUAUUCUUGUGGAGAGAAAACCUCCUUACAUCCCACAACUAGAUGAUCCUUCCUAUACUAAAUUAAUGGGAAAUAGAGAUAUUCCUUACGGUUAUGAGGUAUUGAUUGAAAAUCUUAUGGACCCUGCUCAUGUUCCAUAUGCACAUCAUGGAAUUAUGAAAACUCCACGACCCAAAAACAGAGUAAAGGCUGAUAGAGAGGGGGGCAGGCCGCUUGAAUUGAUGAUUGAAAAGUUAGACAUCAAUGGCUUCAAUGGAAGUCAGGACUUCGGCUUAAGCAAAUUUAUUCCCCCGUGUGUGUUUUAUGCUUAUACUAACCCUGUGGUGGAUCAAACCAAUGGAUCUGCAACAUCAAGUGGAAUUGAGAAGAAAAUGUCAGUGCAGCGGAAAUCUGCUUUGAUUUUUAUUUGUAUUCCGGUUAGUCCAGGUAGUAGCAGACUGAUAUGGACCUUCCCAAGAAACUUUGGUAUUUGGAUUGAUAAAGUUGUGCCACGAUGGAUCUUUCAUGUGGGACAAAACCUGAUUUUAGAUUCUGAUUUAUACCUUCUUCACGUUGAGGAGCAUAAGAUAAUGGAUGCCGGUCCUACCAACUGGCAGAAAGCUUGUUUUGUACCAACAAAGUCAGAUGCUCUUGUGGUUGGAUUUAGAAAAUGGUUAAACAAGUAUGCUGGUGGGCAAGUUGAUUGGAGAGGCAAGUAUAGUGGAGCUCUUCCUCAAACUCCUCCUAAAGAACAGCUGAUGGACAGGUACAGGUCCCAUGUGGAGAACUGCCGCAGUUGCAGCGUUGCAUAUAAAGGCCUCAAUGUGCUUGAAGUUGUCCUCAAAGUUGCCUGUAUUGCUUUAAUUGGGAUUGUUGCUGCAGCCAAACAGGGUGCAAUGUCAGCAGCUGCGAGAACCACAUUGGCUUCAAUGGCGGUGAUAUGCUAUGCAUCAUCAAUAUGGUUGGCCCACUUCAUUUACAAAAAUUUCCAUUUCCAUGACUACAAUCAUGCUUUUCGCUGAGGAUAGUCUCUCACUUACUGUUUGGCCUUCAAAAAACCCACAUUCGGUUGUGUAAAAAUAUUAUAUGUAAAGAUUAAUGAAAAGUAAGAUUGAUUGGGUUGUUUGCGGGCGACACCGCCCGAGCGGGUGCAAAAAGCAAAUCUUCCCCAGUUUUGAGGAUGGAAUUGUCAUUUUGGAAGGUGGCGUUUUCAGACUCGGUGAAUAGCUUGGUCACGGCUGGAGCAGACUCCAGCCAUGAAUCUGGGGGUUGGUAGGUGAUGGCAAUCACUGCAAAUAUGAGAACUGAGAAACACAGAUUGCUUAUCAGUUUAGCAGGUUCUGCCCAAUGGGCUCAGCGCUUGGAUUCGCCUCUUUCAUGGGUUUGUCUUGAAAGUCUUGAUCUUUCAAGAAAAACCCAAACACCCAGAUCCCCCAAACUCCUUGGUCUCUGUUCAGAUCUUGAAAUCAGUGCAAGAAAGCAAGUGGUUUUGUGAAACAAACUAAAGAAAGUGAUGAAAUUGAAGUGGAAAGAGAAUGGGGGACAGCGCUUUUACUUACGGUCGAUAAUGGGAGAUCUAUCUCUGGUGGGUCUAGCUGAGAUGACUUUGAGUUUAUUGAUCUUUCCUUGGUGCUAAUAACAUGGAUGGAGCCAUUUGCUCAUAGCAUGUUUCAAUUUUUUGUUCCUUUGUUAAUAAGCUAAAGGCGUUGUUAAUAAGCUAUAGGCAAGGAGGGUGUUGGAUUGUCUAAAUCAGUGAGUUGGGUACACCCCGUUACACCCAUGGUGGUUUUAGCAAUGAUAAUUAAGUUUUCUUUUUUC